CUCUGUAGAUAAAAUAAACAGUACAUAUUCGGCCCGUCGUCUUUGUUAGCCCCCCUUGUUGUGGGCCUUUUUAGUGUUAAAAUGAAAACAGGAAUAAGGAAUUUAGACAACAGCAUUUAAUUCAGCGAACCGCUUUUGUGUUUUUCUUGCUUUCCGUUACCUGAAGAUCAAAUAGCUGCAGGCUGUAAAAACAGGAGCUGUGUGUGAGGGGGGAGGGUCUGCAUAGGCCUUGUGUGAAUGUCUGCAUUGAAUUGAUGGCUGCCAGAUGACCUGCUCAACAUGAUUCCUGUCACCUAUCACAGCAUGCUUUCGUCUGCAAACAGCGGACACCCCAACCCUCUCUUGGAUCGUGUUUUGAACUCUUCAAACGUGAAGUGUUGUCAGAAAUGUGGAUUUUCUAGUACAGAUGCUGCAGAGCUCAAGAAGCAUGCGAUGGAGCACAAGGGGACGAGAUUUUACUGUUUUUACUGCAACAAAGUCUCGUUCAGUGAGGCAGAGUUAAAUGCUCACCUGAAGGAACACAAUUCAAAGUAUCCGUUCAACUGCCCUCACUGUGGACAGGGUUACAUGAGGAGGCUGUGCCUUGUGAAUCACAUUGAGCGUGUACAUAGUAAAGUCAUGAGUCAAGGACCUGCUAAGACUGGCAUGAUUACAAAUCCACAUGUUCCAGCCUCCAGUGCUUUAUCAAGUGUUUCCACUGUGGAUCCAUCAUUGCUUCGACCAACUGUUCGGGUGAAAGUACCUGCGCUGAGCUCAUCUGUAGCCAGGCUGGCUAAAGAUGAACAAAGAGGCAUUACACUGGACACUAAUGUAUCACAUGCUACUAAUGGUAGUGCAGAACUUUUGUCCCCUUUGAACGGACUCUUUCAGCACAGCAGAGCUUUGACGGUUUCUCUUCCCGAGGAAAUUACGAUCCCUAAUGGCUGUAUGGUGGAACUUGUUGAGGUGAAAACUGUCAACGGGACAAAGGAGCUAAAGCUGAGGAUCGUCUCUCAACAGGGAAACGAGUCUGUGAUAAAAGACACAAGGACCACAGUUUCGCAAAACGCAGCACUAGGACAGCCAUUCUUAUCCGCAUUAAACCACACAAACACAGUUAAGUCUAUGAAUAUGGGGAUGUGCACUAUUAACAGGAACCAGUGUGAAACAACAUCUGUGAAUUUGGAGCGUCCUGCAAUUGUCCCAGUACAUUUUUCCAAAAACCUCCCGAAUCAAGUCAGUAAAGGCAAAGUUGGAUUAAAAAGAACAUUGCCGGAAAUAAUCAAUCUGGAAUAUCAUGAAGUUGUUCCAAACAAGGUUCCCAACAUUCUUGUGAAUCCUGUAAGAGAAGGAAACUGUGGGAUCAGAGUUGCUCAGAGAGAUCUGGGGAACCACGCAAAUCUGCACUCUGUUAUCUCCAACAGGGCUGUCAACAGGUCGACUGGUGCCCUGCAUCGAGAAAAUAAGGGAGCACAUGUUUCUCAGAGAGCGGUGGAUGAUAGAAGGAAUUUAAUUGAUCAUUCCAAAGGUGUUCUACCCGUGAAGGAAAGUGAUGUAAAAGUAAUUCCUAGUGAUGUGUCCCGGCAUGUAAAACUUGAACCCGGGGAGAUAAGGGAAGAGGACUACACUAACUUGAAAACAAAGAAGGGGGCAGUUGGUUUUAACCAGCAAAAAUCUGCCUCCCCUUCCUUGAAUGUUCUCUCAGCUGGCCAAGUGAGACCUCCAGCCAUUUUAGUUUGUAAGGAUAAUGUUGCAAAUUCUUCCUUUUCAAUACCCAGAACACCAAUAGACUCCCCCUCAGGCAAAACACCGGCCCUUUGUAAUCGCACAAAUUCAAAGGUCUCAUCUUGGGUCCAGGAAGUGAGAUCCAAUGAGAGAUUGGCAGAAGGAGAUCUGCCAGAGUCUGAGGGUUUUCCCGUCAUAUCUUCUGUGUUUUCAUUAAGUCAACAAUCAGAGGACGGCCAAGGCUCCUUUCAACCGCUGGUAAUGGCUCUGCGUGGUUUAGUGAUGGAUAAAAGCAACAGUUCUGUUUGUACAAUUCUAAAUAACAUCAACACAACGAACAGCACAGAGCAGAUGAUGGAGGCAGAAAAAUCGAAGCUCUUCAGUCGGAUGUCGACUAUAGAUGGAUCCAUUAUCCGUCACCUUUUAUUGACUGACCGGAAAAUCGAUACUAUAAAAGUGGAGGGGCAAGAUAAAGGCAUUCAACACCCUCCUUCACUGACCCACAACAACUUCCUUGUCAAAGAGGAACAAAAUAAUACUACGCUAACGGACAAAAGUAAAUGCAAUCACACUCCUGAGUCAAAAUCGUGCGUAAAAGAUGAGAAAUCCAAAGUUGACGCACAGGUAAAUGCACAUGCCACUACAACGCCUCCACAGGAAGUGGCACAAAGUGAGCAUGACAUGUCAAAGUUUCUGACUGUCUCUCUGAAAAGGGUGCAAGUAGGCGUGUGGAAAAAAAACAAGAAGGGACUAAAACCUAGAAUAUCCAAAUAUAGGACUCCGGUACCUGGGUCCAGUCUAACUGACAGUACAGUUAUUUAUCCGAUGCCGCUGAAGGGAGACCAGCUGGUGAAGCGCCCGGGCCCCAACCAGCCCGUGGUGGUGCUCAAUCACCCCAAGCCCCGGACCAACCGUCAGGGAGCGAGGACAGACAGGUUGGAAACAGGAGCCUCGGAGGGCGCUCCAAAGUGCAACAUCUUAAAAAUGAGGCUGAGCAAAGUGAUGGGGCAGAAGUAUGAGGUAAUGGGCUGCACUGUUGGAGUCUUUCAGUGAAAUUAUCAGAUAAUAUCACUGGACAUUUAUCUGAAAACAUUUGUUUUAAAAUACCUAAAAAAGGACACUAUAUGGACAUUUGUUCUCUCUAAGGCAGCAUUAGAUUAGAAGGAAUGGACUUCUGAUUAUCAUGGAACCUUGUGUGUAACAUUUAUGUUGUUUAUCUAGGCAUGGGAUGAGAAAUACUAAGUGCAAUGGAUGAAACACGGACCAUAUUCUGUAGUAGAUUGCCAUUAGAAAUACACAGAUGUUUAAGUACUGUUUCAGAAGUUUGAUAAACCAGUAGAGUCAGAGUCGAGGCACAAAUAAUGCAUGCUGUUUGCUUAAAAAAUUAAAAGGAAAAUAGUGUAUUCAUUUAUUUUUUUUGCAUCACUUGUGUUUUUUUGCAUCUGGCCACUCUAAGACACAAACUGAAUUUGGUGCAUCUGAGAUGAUCAAAUUGUGUGGGAACCCAAUCAGAAUAUAGGCAAAGUCAUUAUCAUAAUAUGCACACAAUUUUAAUGAUGGAAAAAUCUGUGGUGAAUAUCAAGUCGGACUACAACUAAUAAGUAUUUUCACUGUUGAUUAAAUAGUGAAAAUAAGUAUGUUGCUCAAGAUGAUCCUCAAAUGUAUUUUUUUUUCUCCAAAACUCAAAGAUAUUAAGUAUUAUAGAGGAUCAAAGAAACCAGAAAAUGUUUCCAUCAAUAAGCUGGAAUCAAGUAAUUGAAUUAAACACAUUUAUUUGGAACCGUUAAAAUGUUUGUCAGAAAAAUGUAAUAGUUAGCAAUAGAUUGAUCUUUGCAGAUUUAAAAUAUGAUAACGUGUUUGAUUUGUGCAAAAAUGUAAUAUAAAUUGUCAAUUCAACAGCCUUUUUUGUACUAAACUUUUUCGCACAAAACAACACAGGAAAACAGUGAAUUAACAGUACUGUAUUUUGACAGUGAGCACUUGCAAGCCUACAUAGGUUUUAAUAGUCAGCUGUGUCUCUUUCUCUGCAUUUGUUGUUACAUGUUAAAUAGACACUAUGGGAACGCAGACAAUGUCAUAUGUGCAGCAAUCGGUAUCAGUCCGUGGUGGUGCAUUCAGGCACUCUUUGCAAACUCUUACAUUUGGGAAAUCCUGCAUUACUAUUUCCCAGACCAACAGUCACUGGUACCUUCAUUAAAUGGACUGGACCAAUGAAAUGACAAUGCAAGGUGUAAAUAAUGGAAGCUGGGUUUGUUCUCAGUUUGGGCGUGUUGUGAACCAUGGGGGGUGUCAGAAAAAAAGAGGGUUGCCAGCUUUUUUUUGUGUUUGCAUGUGUUUUGUGAAGUGAAUUGUCACAGUUGUACUUAUUAUUCUUGUAAUGUCCCCCAGUUUCUUAGCAGUAUUUACCACUUUGCAGGCCGUUCUCAUUGAUAAACUCUAUUUUCUUAUUUGCCAGUUUCAUGACAUUUCAAUGUGGAAUGUAUCGCAGAUAUUUGAGAUUUAUUUGAGUGUUAUGAAAUCUUGUGCCAUACAGUUUCCUGUCUUUAAUGUACUUCAAUGUAAAGCCUCUGUAACUCCUUAAAUAGUGCUGCAUAAUGGAUCUGAUAAAAGCACCUCAGUUUACUACUGUAACAGAAAACCACGUGCGUGUGUUUUUAAUUAUGUAAAUACUAAGUGACUAUGGUGAUCCUGGGAAUCUGUUUAAAGUUGUCUUUUUUUAGUAACCAUUGAAAGGUCACAAACUCUCUCUUUACAGACGGUUUACAACAGCAUUACAACAGCAGCGUGUUGUGUUUAAAAUCUAACCAUGAUGUAUUAAGUGAUAGACCUACGAUUACAUUUAUAGGAUUGUGUUGCCCAGUUUAUAUUGUGUAAAUAUGUUUUGAUCAACAUAUUUUUAUCGUGUAAAUACCUAUACAUAUAAAAUGUGAUAAAUCGUGUUCAUACUCUUUAGGAGAUGGUAACCAUUCCACAGCCUCGUCUACAUUGUGCUUUACUUGUCUAACGCUGCAGUGUCUAAAGCUGCUGUGCUGUAUUGUUUAUUGUAUUAUUAUUUAAAUGUGUCACAAUUAUUUCUGAAUGUUUUUCUUUGCCUUUAUUCACUUCUCAAUGUGCAUUAUCGUGUCUCAUGCUUUUAUAAAUAACGAUUGUGUAACUACAUUUUUCUAUUAAAACAUGAUAAAAGAUU